AUGAAGUUCCUGACAGUCCUUGCUCUCUUUGCUGGUGCCAUGGCCCUUCCGAGCCAUGGAGGCGGUGACGACGGUGGCAAUGGCGACGGUGGCAAUGGCGACGGCGGUAAUGGCGACGGCGGCAACGGCGGCAACGGCGGCAACGGCAACGGCGGCAAUGGCAACGGCGGCAACGGCGAUGGCGGCAGCUACGUGCCUUGCAGGAGCACGCUGUACAGCAACCCCCAGUGCUGUGCUACCGACAUUCUCGGUGUCGCCAACCUUGACUGUACCACUCCUCACCCAUACCCUUACUCUCCGAACAACUUCAAGAGUAUUUGUGCCGCUAGCGGCAAGACGGCCCGUUGCUGCGCCUUGCCUGUCCUUGGCCAAGCCCUUCUUUGCACGAACCCUGUGGGCAUCAACUAG